AUGAUGACUGCCCUAGAUGGUGUGGUUAUGGAGCUGCAGGAUUGUGCCUUUCCUUUGUUACAAGGUACUUUAUUGUGUUACUUAUCUCUUGUCAAAGAACCAGCCAGAAUUUAAACCAAAAUACAAUCAUGGAACUUGUUCCAUGCUUUGAAAAUUCAUUCAUUUUGUGCCAGUCUUCUAUCCUUAUUCACCAUCACUACACUCAGCUGAAUAGAAAAAUUUCUGUUACGACUAUGAACAUGCAGACAAGACAACACAAUAAAAUUAUACAUUGAGAGUAAUGUAGUUUAUUAUAAGAGUUAAAGUUACAACAAAAGCACCAAAGUAAAGGAUGUAUAUAAAGAAACUGGUAUAUUAGCACUAAGCAAGGCUGGAUGUAAGUACAUAAGAGGUAAGAAAAUUUUCUAAAGAAACAAUUUACUAAGUGAAUGGAGUGAGACAGCUAAGAGCAAUGCAAUAGUACAAGACAGUAGAAACUUAGGUAUUACAGAUAAUUAUAAGCCUUUGUUACAUGAAAACAAAAAAAGCAGCCUCAAGUAAAUUGGUCAGUGUCAAGUGGUGUGAAUUUCGCAUGUGGUGGCUUAUUAAGGGUCUUUGGUCCCAGUGGGAAUUAACUUAUAAAUAUAACUAAACAAUCAAUCAACAACUUAAAGAAAUCCAUUAGCUUGCUUCUUGCUGUUAGGGUUGUUUCUGCCUGCUUCAAUAGUUUGCGUGGCAUUAACCCAUUCGCCCCUGAACCGCCCAUAACUGCCUGUGCAGAUCCAUGUCCUUUCUACCCUUUGUGACGUCAUCAGUUUUAACAGUCGAGGACAACUUUCUUCGCUAACUUGUCUAGAGUGAAGAGAUCUUUCAAACCAUACAAGAAUGAGCACGAUUCAGUCAAGGAUACCGGAGAAAGAAGCAAAAAACCACGUGACAUUGACCUGAAAAUCUCCAUGAAAAUCUUGUUUCCUUGCUCACCUACCUUUCCUUUCACGUAAUCGUAAGAUCCUAAAAGCUUUCCUAAAAACUCUUCCCACCAAAAUGAAGCCUACUAAAUGCUCAGCAAGAGGAAAAAAAAAUGAGGCAAGAAAAGCGAAAAAAGAAGGGAGGAGAGAAAGCGAAAAGUAAAAGUCAAGACUGCUGUGUCACUUUUAAACCCCAAAACUCGAAAUUUUGCUUUCUGCGCAUGCCCGAACUUCGCAAGCUGAUAUUUUGCAUCUGGAUCAGAAGGCCACGAAGUGUAUGACCUGUAAACCAGUUUCUGGUAAGUUUUAGCUCUUUAUAGCACGACAGUGACCAGAAAACCACUCGACUAGCUUCAAAACGCGUUUUUCGGCAAAAUCUCCAGGAGCGAAUGGGUUAAGCUGGCCGCCUUGCAAGCCAACCAUCUUUGCUUGGCUUGCUCGUUGGCAAUAAUUUGGGCAAAGCAAAUGGAACCCCAUAGCUAAAAAAAUUUGGUGAUCUGUCCAUCCAAGAAAUUUUGGUAGUGAUGUAGUCAUGUGACCAUACGCCCGUCUGUCGGCAUCACAGGCAUACCAAUGUAAAAUAGCUUCAACAGGUAUUGCAACCCAAAUGCAUUUCGUGUUUUUUUUGGCAGGAAAUCGCAUGGCCACCUGCGUCUUGUGAAGCAGAGACAAUUAAAGAGAAAUAUAAAGACAUAACAGAAAGCGGAGAUCAUUUCUGUAUCUAUCUAAAGUAUUAACCCUUUAAGCCCUAAGAGUGAUCAACAUCAUAUUUCUGUGAAAGGUUUGAACCCAGGAGUCAUAUUUCUCCUUGUAUUUAUCAAUGCUCCUUGUAUUUCUCCUUGUAUUUAUCAAUGCUUGGUAAACAGAGUGGUCAUAGGUGUAGACAAAUUUGAACUGUAUUUUAUUCCAAGGAUUGUCAGGCUCGAUUCCUAAAGGUUACAACACUCCGAAGGGUCCAACUUCUAAAGGAUUACACAGGAUUCCAUAGAUUCAAUUCACUAAAGGUUCACAGAUCGUGAAGAUGGCUACAAGAAUGCAACACGUUUUUGUUCGGAUCUCUCCCAGAAGGCCUAGCGCGCUCCUAAACUCUUACAUCAUCGCGCACACUCCCCCCCGUAGACAGGGGCGGAUCUAGGGGGAGGGUGCAGGGGGUGCGCACCCUCUCCUGAGAUAACCUGCGGUUUUCUCAUACAACUGGUAUUCUGCAAAAAAAAAAUGAUGUGGUUUAUUGGUGUUGAAGUAGAGCAAGAGACUAGUGCACCCCCUCCUAAAAAAAAUCCUGGAUCUGUCCCUGGUGGACCAUGAAGAAUGGUCCACCUUCUAUACCUAGAAUCAAAUAUCGAAAAGAAAUAAAAAAUGAUGAUGAUAACUCAGUGAAUAUAGUUUCUCUCUCAAAAAAACUGUUCAAUGUUCAGAAUACAUAAACAAACUUAAUGUUCGUCUUGUAAUUCAGCAAUCCACUGUCUUCUUCUUCGCUCUCCCUCGACUGCAGCUCUACGCCGCUCUCGAUUUCCUCUCGCUCGACCUUGCGUUGGCUGUUCCGGUGAUUCAGGUACUUGUUCCUGACGAGCUGCUUCAUUAAUUUUGUAGAACAGCUUACUUCCAGUGGGUACAACAAUUGUAGCAGUCUCCUGAAGAGUCCACCUCCACUUGAUCCUCUCCCUUGGACUCUGACCUCAGCACCUCUACUCUGCCCAUCCUUGCUCAUCAGAAGCCGUUCCACCUUGCCCAUCUUCCAAUAACACCUUGGGUGGGUUUCGUCAUGAACCAAUACCAGAUCUCCGACAGACACUACCCUUGAUCCUGCCGUCGUCUUCAAUUGGUUAUGAGCAUUUUGUAAUUCAAGAAGGUAUUCUGCUCUCCAACGCUUCCAAAAAUGAGUCAGAAUCAUAUCAAGGUGUCUUGCUCUUCUGCUCAGGUCGUUCAGCGAAAUUCUAAAGUCUGCAUCUGCAGGACUGUCUAUUUCAGGAAGGGCGCCGAGUCUUCGACCAACAAUGAGGUGGGACGGUGUGAGGGGUUCUUCCAAGUCCUCAGAAGAGACAUAUGAAAUGAGUCGGCAAUUUAAGAUCAUUUCAGCUUCUGUAACAACAGUUACAAGUUCAUCAUAGGAAAGUUUGACUCGGCCGAUUGUCUUCAAGAGACAUCUCUUCAGUGACUUGACAAGUCGUUCGUAAAAGCCUCCCCACCAUGGGGCUUUCUCUAAGUUGUAGGAUCAUUAUUUUGAUCUUCUCUUGGGCAAAGUACUUAACAACACUGGGAUCAUUUGUAAUCUUCUCUAGCUCCUUAGAAGCACUCUUGCAGGUUUUGGCAUCGUCUGAUACUACUAAAGAAGGCCUUGAACGACGAGCUACAAAUCUUCUAAAGCACCUCAGAAAUGCCUCUGAAGUCAUAUUGGGCACAACCUCGAAGUGGACCUCCCUCGUAGAACAACAAGUAAACAAACAAAUCCAGACCUUACGUUCUUCGUCACUGGUAGACUUCACAAAAAGAGGUCCAACAUAAUCCAACCAAUGUACGAGAAUGCAGGCGCCUCUUUCACUCUGUAGCUAGGCAGGGGUGGAGCUUGUGGAACCUUAUACGUUUCCCUUCAAACUUCUUACAAACUGUGCAUCUAAACAACAAACUUCUGAUAAAGUAUCGGCCUCGAACAAUCCAAAAGUUCGAUCUCAACUCGGUGAGUGUUUCCUUAACUCCUCCAUGCAUGACUCUUUCGUGACAUCUCCAGACUACAAGUGUAGUUAAGUGGUGGCUAGCGUCAAGCAAGAUUGGAUACUUCGCAGAAUCUGUAAGCUCGCUGUUCCCGAGUCUACCUUGACAUCGAAUAACUCCCUUAUCAUCCUCAAACAACGCUAGCUGGUGCAACCUCAUCUUAAACUUCUCCUUACUCUUCAUCUCUUGUUGUACUUCCUUGAUCCAUAGAAGUUCGGCUUCUUCUAUGUCUGCACCGGGCACACGUAUCUUCGGCUUCUGAUUCACAUCUCCUUGUCGCUGUGCCUUUAAUAGCUUAAUAAACUUCAGAACUAAGGCUGUAACUCGCAAAAGACGUCCAAGAUUACUGAAGGCUUCACUUUGAAUGAUAUUACACAGCAUAGUAGGUUGACUGUUCACUGCAAGAGCAGUCGUUACUGUCUUCCAAUCCUUCACCCUCAUUUCUACAAGGCAGGCUUCAGGGACUGGCUCUUCCGCAAUCUCCUUCCGAUUCUCCAGGCCUUCGAAACUAGUCAGCCACUUGGGACCAUUGGGCGAUUCCAGAAAAUAUCCAUACCAUACCACGGACGGCUUUAAGGAUUUCCGAAGGGGAGGGGAGAUUCACGAUUAUGGAAUUCUGAAGGCAUGGGGGGGUAUUUACGAUUUGAAAUCCGAAGGUAUGGGGGAAUUCCACAGGUGGGAUUUCUGGAGUAGAAAGUGUAGAGUAAGUUCCUGGAAAACGCUAUUGUUGUGGACUUUUGUAGUUCGUAAAUAAACCACGAACGUAUGACCGCGGAAGCAGAAGACAAGCAUCGAUAGAUCAGACACGUGUUUACGCUCAUAACUUGUAGAAGUGAACAGUAAAACGUUGGUUUCACAUUUACCUUGAUGAAUUACUUGUCACGUGAAUAAAAACUGAAAAUGUAUCUUUUAAUACCGCUCGCAAAUUUCUUGUUACUCCCGUCCGAAACCGUCCGAUAAACAGUAAAAAACUCGCACCAGUCCCUCACUUCCAAGGAACGCCUGUCAGAUUAGAACGCUUUUCAAUGCGCACUACAUGACGUAUAAAAGGACGCAAACACGACUCGGCGGUAUAUUUGACCGCCAAAAGAUUUUAACAGUCUGUUUGAGCUAUUUUCCUUAAAAACGCGUCAAAACAGCACAAGAAAACAAAGAGGAGUAAAAUUACCUUAAGUGGUGUUUAUUUUUAUAGCCAAAUUCGGACUUAAAAAGGAGUUUGCACGGCCUGCCAACUAGCGUAGGUUUUUCUUGUCACUGAAGAGUAAAAGCUUGACCUGGCGCCGCUAGAUCACAGCCUUGAGGAGGCAUAAAUUCAUGUUCGUUUGUUCUUAUAGGCAUUGCUAAGUCGAAAAUGUACUUCCAAAAAAAACCGGAAAUUCUGAAGGGGAGGGGGGGUUCACGACUAUGGAAUUCUGAGGGCAUGGGGGGGUAGCGCAUUUUGGAAUUUCCGAAGGCAAGGGGGGGUUAAAACAUGGAAGCCGUCCGUGGUUGGGUAUGGAUAUUUUCUGGAAUUGCCCAUUCCACCAUAGCACACUGGUCUCCAACUCACGACAGUCCAUACCCCUAGAGAGUAAGUCGGCUGGGUUGUCAGCCCCUGGACAAUGAUUCCAGCAUUCUUCAGGUACAAGCUUUCUUAUCUCGUCAGCACGGUGCUGAACAAAUGGUUUCCACUCCUUCUGGCUCUGGACAAUCCAAUACCAGGCUAUCUUGGAAUCUGUCCAACAAAACAACUUGUCAAUCUUCAUCUCAGAACUAAGUGCUUCCUUUACGCUAUGGAUCAGUCUGGACAGGACUACCGCGGAUAACACUUCUAGAAGCGGUAUGGUCUGCUCCGAGAGAGGUGCUACUCGUGUUUUUGAAGAUACAAAUCUGACAUAACUUGCACACGUCGUCACAAUACGCAGAAAGACCACCGCACUGUAUGCCUUAGCUGAUGCAUCACAAAACCCAUGCAGUUCACUCGCAAUCACUUCCCCUUCCAUGCCAGCAUAAUAACAUCUCGGGAGAGUAAGAGGUUUAACACCCUGCAGUUGCGUCUCCAAUCUCUGCCAGAUUGACUUGCAAGAACCUUCCAGUGGUUCGUCCCCGUCUCUCUUGUCCUUGCACAACUCUUGAAACAGGAUUUUAAACUGGACUGUGACCGGAGAAAUCAGACCGAGUGGAUCAUACAUUUUUGAGGCUGUGCUGAUCACGUUUCUCUUUGUAGGUUCUACUCUCUUUGCCAAAGAGGUAGUGUUUGUAAUAUCAAAGACAAGGUUGUCAUUGUGAUAGUUCCAUAGAGUCCCUAAAAUUCCUUGACCACUAACAUCUUCAACUGCACUUCCUAGAACACUUCUUGAAUAGGUCAUAUCUUCUUCUUCCACAACAUUUGUGUCUACUACUGGUGUUUCAAUAACCUGGUUGUAAACAUUCCCUCCAUCUCCAGAACCUGUUUCUCCUGAGACCAAUCUCUCAUGGUCCUCAAUUCUCGCUCGCAGUUCUCCUGAACUUGUGAUAAACUUCCGCAAAUUGAAACCUGCUUCCCUGAGCCUCGAUUUCGAUUUCACGUAGAGCUGAAAGGUGCUGUCCACGUCACUGUCCCCCGAUGUCAGGUCAUCAACAUAGAUACUUUCAAGAAACUUCCUGGUAAAAUCAGGCUGGGCAGUUACGACUAAUGUGAUCUUUUCGCAGGCAAACAAAACAUCUCCCAUACUUCUACAAAAGCUCCUUACAGGCUAGUACAUCAGGUACUGUUUGGCAGUCCCUUGAUGGGUGUUUUCCCCUACAGUAGGUGCAGGUGGGACAGUUAGCUUCACCACUAGUUAACAAGGUAUGUGUAGUUCCUUCUUCCCUUCGUUUCGGUUUUGGUGGAGAGGGUUGUCCUUUGUUCACCGUAGACCCUCCUGCCCUUUCGCUUGCCUCAAGUUCCCUUUUGAAAAUAUUGAGCAGCUGAUCUAAUUGCCAGUCAUUAUCUCCCAUUUCUCUCGUAAUAACAAGAUGAAAUUCCUGAGGCAGCUUGUUCAUCAAGAUGGAUGAUAGCAAACCCCCAUACGAUUCACGUGAAACUCCUAAUGACUUUAAGCUUCUCACAUUAGAUUCAAUAGUGUCACGCAGCUGACUUAGACUUCUUACAUGAUAGUGAGAUGUGACAGAUUCAUGAUUCAACAAAAUUUCCAUGUGAGGAUUAAUUAUUUGCUGCUUGUUGCCAAAUCUAGCUUUCAAAAUGUCUAUUGCUUCCUCAUAGUUCGAUGCCCCAAGACUUAACCCGGAAAUGGCCUCUGCCGCUGACCGUUCGAGCAACGAGUUUAGGUAGUUAAAUUUGCCAAUGGCAGUUAAACUCUCAUUUUUAUGAACUGAGUCUUCAAAACUAUCCCAGAAAGAAAUCCACUUACUGUGAUCGCCGUCGAACUUCUUUAACUCCAGCUUUGGCAUUUAACUUGAGUAUUUCUCCACACAGAUGAAGAGGAAUUCGACGUUGAAGCUGAAGGUGGCGAAGAAUUACUCCCCAUUAGAACUUCAUUUGCUGACAUGCUUUCCGACAUGUUCGCUUUGGUAUUUACAUUUGAACACACGACCUUCGGCGACAAGGCGUUUUCUAUGUUAGCAAUAGCCAACUGAACAUUUUCCUCCAUCAAAUCUGCUCGUUCAGUUUCACCUUCGAUUUCUUCUUUGGCCACAAGGUCAAGAAUUUCUGCAUCAAGUUGCCGAAGAGUAUUGAGUUUCUGCUGUAGGCUGUCCCUUUGUUGUUUCAGCUUGAUUUCGUGUUCCCGCACUUGAGAGAUGUCUCCUCCUCCAAGGACAUCAAUAACAGAUGAAAUAAUACGUUUCACACUUGACCUGUGCCCUGCACGCUGCCGUCGCUUUCUGGCGAGUUCUUCGGCCAUAACACAACACAACUUCACUCACAACUGCUACGUAGCAUCCGCUUUUAUCUGGCUAACGAUGGACCAUGUAGACGAAUUUGAACUGUAUUUUAUUCCAAGGAUUGUCAGGCUCGAUUCCUAAGGGUUACAACACUCUGAAGGGUCCAACUUCUAAAGGAUUACACAGGAUUCCAUAGAUUCAAUUCACUAAAGGUUCACAGAUUGUCAAAAUGGCUACAAGAAUGCAACACGUUUUCGGAUCUCUCCCAGAAGGCCUAGCGCGCUCCUAAACUCUUAUGUCAUCGCGUACAAUAAGAAUUACGGACAUGAUCACACAAGGUGAAUUUUAUCCUCUUCUCCCCACUACUUCUGUAGGAAAUGAAUAGGGGCAACAAAUGAGAAUUCAAAUUUUGAUUUUAGGGUUUAAAGGGUUAAGCUUAGAUUAAUAUUUAUGGUCAUAUCCACAAAAUUUGGAAUAUAGAGAAAAAGGAAAACAAGAAAGUAGGCAACAGGCUAGCAAAGCUCAAGGAGAAAAAGAGCGACAGAGAGCUAGAGUGAGAGGUAAAAAGUAAGGGAGACCAAUUUUGUUGGAAGAAUAAUAUGAACAUUUUGUAGCAGUGGUGAGAAAAGGAGAAAUGCUAGUAGCCUGCAAGGUGAAAAAGAGCGGCAGUGAAUAAAAAGGGAACCUGAAUUUAAGCAAUAAAAUUUUUUGUGAGCACAUAAUGUAUGACUAUUUCUCCAUAAAAUUUCUGACUACUGUAGGAAGUUUCACAUUGCCACAACAAUGGCAAAGAAAUGUACAAUAGACCUAUUGAUUUUUUUUGCUCUUCUUGUUGUAAUCACUGUUUAGCAUUACACUAUUUUAGUUUUUGAGUAAAUUGUAAGUAUAUCGACGAGAGCUUCACUUUUAGCCCUGGCUAUCAUGAAAUUUAUGAUUAUUAAUUAUGUUUGGCAGGCUUUGUAGUUCCCAAGGUUGUCAAUUUCUCAGGAAUAGCUAACUUAAAAACUAACAGCCACCAUUACAGAAAAGAAAACAAACUCAAACCAUUCUUUUUGAGGAGAUUGUUUUCACAAAAAUACAUUGCAGAAAACUAUUGAGAGGUCAAAGUUUCCAUUUGCUGUCAUUUUUUAUCGAAUUUUUUGUCUAUGGUGGCUGGUUUCUUUUUCUCCUUAGGUAGGCCACCCCAUGGGUAUCACUGGAAAUUGGAAUCAAACUUUCAGGGGUUUCAGUAAGCUUCUCUGCUCAGAGCAAUCGGCUACUUUUUUCCCCAAAAGAAGCAACUAGUUUUAACAAUGUCUUAAACAAAACAAAUAUCAUAAAAUCUGAAUGAAAACUUAAACUUAAUUAUGACGUGUUUUCAAGGACCUCUGGUUUUAUGUUGCGUUUCAGUUACACAAAUGCUGUAUUUCAGUUAAUUGUUCUCGUGUUUCUUCAUAGGUUUAUGCAAAAUUGUUUAUGUGCAAAUGUACUUAAUUUAAAAUAUUGACAUUUGUUCACUGCUUGUAAGAAUUAUUGAUUGUGUGGCUAUGAAACCUGAAUGAAAGCUAUAUUUUCUUGAAUGAAAAACACACUAUUUUGUACUCAAUUUAGUCUCCAGAAAACUGGAAAUCGCAUUUAAGGGCUUUGAAAUUCCAAAAUGUUCUUGUGGAGCAUGCCCCCAGACCUCCCUAGAAGGAGGGGACCAAUGGCUGUAGAUUCAGUUACAAACAGUUACUCUAUUCAAACCUGCUGGCUUACUUCAAUAUAGUUAUUGAAACACCUGGUAAUUUUAAAUUUUUGUCUAAAGAUUCCUUGGGCUGAUUUGUGUAAAAUGGGUGUUAAAAUGAGGAAAUGAUGUUUCAGAGAACUCAUCUCCUAACACUUUCCUAGCAAGAGCAGGGCCAUGUCCCUCACCCCACCCAAACCCCCCUCCCUCCCUUACUCCCUUUAGGAGAGUAUGCCUCUGGAACAUAUUUUUGCCACCAGUCAGCAAUGGUCCCUUACCUGCUCAGCUAAAAUUUAGGGAUCGAUCGUGCCUAUAGGCAUGAUGGAUAAUAAAUGAUCAUGAGUUUGUGUACUUGUUGGUAAUGCAUCUAGGUACAUGAAAUUUCUUUUUUGACCUGGUACUGUAAUUAGAGCUUGUAUUGAAGGGAGCAAGCUAAAGAACUUGUGUGCCCUCUCACUCCAUACUAUAUCUGAUUAAAAAUUAAUAAAAUAAAUCAUUAUUAACAAAGCUGUUCCCACCUGUCAUAAACUCACUGAGAUGCUUUGACCACGACUAUAUCUAUAUGACGGUUUCAUUAAUUAUUUUUAAGAGCUUUGUUAAAUUCUUCAAUAGAAGACCGCUUUGGUACAGGCAGGAAAACUUUGCGAAGCAGCGAGGAGAUAUGGUUGCUAUAGCAGCCCCCCUCACUGUUAUUGGGUUUGCUGGGUAACCGAGCUUUAUACAUAAAGGUCUAUGAAAAAGGACAUGUUAUUGACAAUUAUGACUGUAUUGCAAUUAAGUACAUUUUUAAGUUUUGUUGGUGGCUGUCCCCAGCUAUUUUGGCAUCCUGUUCUAUCAGUUGUUUUAUUUUUUCUUUUAGAGGUAAUUCCAACUGCUGACCCAAACGUAGCUUUUGAAGACAUUGAUGCUGCAAUCUUGGUUGGGGCCAUGCCACGAAAACAAGGUAUGGAGAGGAAGGACCUACUUAAAGCCAAUGCCAAGAUUUUUGUUGUUCAAGGAAAAGCUCUGGAUGAGAAGGCUAAAAAGACUGUUAAGGUAUGUUUAAAUUAAUGUACAUGUUUUUACCUGGUCUCAACUCCCAAAGAGGAAGUUACCAUUAGUCAAGUUCUUCAAGUUCUUUUGUACAUGUAGAUAGUUCACGUUUACUGAAGUAAUAGACUAUUUUCCUUCUCUCUAGUUAUAAUGAUUUGAAAUAAUAUUUCAAAUCAUUAUAUUUUGCUCUGCAAAAUCUGAAAUAUUAUAACGUAUUCUUCAAGACUCCGGCAAUAUUAUUAUUGAGUCAAAGUGUUAUAAUGUUUUAGAUUUUUGCAGAGCAAAAUAUUUUGAGGUCAUCUCUCGACAGCUUCCACAUCAACAGUUUAUGAGAAUUGUAAGGGUGUUACAGUCAAGCCAAUAGAUUCUAUUAUUGAAAUGAUUAUUUGAGAAUUGAAUAGUGUCAGUUGUUGUCACUGCUGGUGUUAAAAGAGACCUUUAUAGUCGAGGACAGAAAGACUAAAAAAAGGGCGAGAUUUGACUUACUUUGUAAAAGGUUUCGCGUACAGUGAAUUACCUGUAUCAAGCAGAUACUGUAUUAAGCUGACACCUUUGUUAAGCACAUGUGCAGGACACCCACAUUGGAAGAAUUGGAUGCAGUGGUCAUUCCUAUUGUUACAGACCUGUAUUUAAUAAGUAGACACUUGAUUGUCAUUACUUUCCACCAUCCAAAUUACCAGACACCUGACAUUCUAAAGAUUUCCACCCACGAAUUUGAUGAUUUUAGAAUCAAAAAUGUACUUAACAAAAGAUGUAUAAAUUUGCAUUAAAAUUGUCAGGAGAAUUGACAAGGAGAAGGAGAAAAAAAAAUAAAUGCAAGAUGCCAAGAAAUGUGUAAGCAAUACACCAUGUUUUGGUCAAAAAUGUACUUUGAAACACUUUCCUGGUUACUAAGCACAGACGAAUGCAAUGUGAACUGCUGUGUUUUGUUUCGAUUUGACUAGAAGAUCAGUCACUUUGUGAUGUGUACUUGAAGCCCUCAUUAACCUGCUGAUCAGUUUCACAGUUCUUUUUGUUUGUAUAGAUAGUCCAAGAGCAUGUGUAAUGCCGUGGGAAUUUCGUGAAGAAAGCAAGCCACUAGUCUAAAUGUGUUAAGGGGACCCUAAAUAACAUGAAAAGUUUUGGUGGCAACUUAGUAACUUGCUCAGACGGGAUUUACAUGUACAUAUGGGGUCAAAAAUGUGAUGUGUAUUUAUAUCCCAGCAUGGAAAUGAUACUCCACAGCUUGCCAUUAUUUCUGUAAAACUGUAUCAAAAUCACCACAUUUAUUUAAAUCAAUGUUUCAAAUAAUUAUGAACAUACGAUUUUAAGAAGUUACAUGGGGUCAUGUGAUCAAGCUAGCCAGAAAACGAGGCUCACUCAAAAGCUGCUUUGGAAAGCCCUUAAACGUCUCCUGAUGAAGGAAGAGAUUGACGAAAGUAAUUCAGGUGGAUAUCAUCUGUGCAAUCAAAUAUGAUUAUUUGGUAAGGGUUAUCAUGUGACCAUGCUGACAUGAAAACAAGGCUGACUCAAAAGCACAUCGUAAUAAAUAAAUUAAAACGUUUUAGAAAAAAUGUUUUAAGAAUUGUUUUAGAGAUAUUAAUAUGGGCAGGUAACCCAUUUUGAUUGAAAUACAGACAUAUUCUGUAAUUUACACACGUUUAUUUGAAAAAGUCUGUCAUCUCCUAGUUUCUUCUUCAGAACCGUAAUACAAUGUAGCCAAACCAUUACAAUGGAUCAGAUAAACUUUCCUUACCGUAAAAUUAUUAGAAUCACUUUUCACAGGAGUUUUACUAUAAAAGUAUCUUAAAAUCUAACAUAACCUCCCUAAAACAUGUCUUAGCACAGUUAUUAGUCAUAAAAACUAUUAUUGAUUGUUCACGUGGCUCACUCUGGUAUAUACAUUUCACUAUCUGAACUAACCUCUUCAUCUGAGUAGAGUACAUCUUCCUCCCGAACAUCAUGAUCUCAGGUGUUGCCAUUGUUGGAGCAGUUGCAAAGGUCUGUACAGUUUAAACCAGCCUUGCAGUACUGGUAAGGGUUAGUGGAACACCUUUCUUUGGAGCAUCUACACUGUACUAGUUGAAGUAUCGCUUCAAGGGCUGGUGGCAGGUUUGUCAUGAGAGGUACCCAUUCAUCAUGGUCCAUCCAUCAUCCAUAGUGCUGCGGUGAUAGUAGCUCUGGGUUUGUUAUUCUGUUGCUGUUCCAGACCAUCAACUGGUAUAAAUGGGCUCUCAGGAUUGCCUGGUGCAAUGCUGCCUGUGUUGGUGGCAACCUGUCUGAUUGUGCUUGUCUUUUCUUGAAAAGGCUACAUCAUAGCUCUUUUUAAUUAACAUUCGUAAGUUUUGUUCUUGUUUGGUAUAGCAGACAGACACACUUCUCACUGGCUGCAACAAUUUCUUCAUUUGGAUGAGCAGCUUGCCCAAGUUCUGCGAGGGCGGUGAUAAUGGAUGAAUCCACUUUUGCAAAUAUCUUCAAGCAGAGAAGCUUUCCCUUUCUUCCUGUGUUGCUGGCUCUGCUUAGGGUGUGGAAUGCUGGAAGUGUUGCUAUCUUCUCUGGCCCAAGAGUUUGAAUAAUUGGUUUCAGCUCAAUAAUACAAUGGGACCCUCCUCCGGUGACAAACAGAGUGUUCUCACACAAUUCCAGAUACAGUUGAACCUGUAUACAACAGCCCUGUAUUAAUUAAGCGGCCAGUUUUCAAAGUCCUGAUUUUUCACCCAUACAAAUGCUGUAUUUGUUACCUGUAUUAGGCGUCCACCGCAUCCACGGCCACCCUGUAGCAGUCCCAUGUUAUUUUUACCUGUAUUAAGUGACCACGUGUGAAUGGAAACUAAGCUAUAACAUUUUCUCCAGUAUUUUAUUGCAUUUAAAAUGCAAUCCAUCAUUGCUAUAAAGAAAUAACAUGAGCUACUGGAAGCUGAUACUUGGCUGUUUAAUAUCAUUAACGAUUUUCAGAUGUCAUCAGAUUUAUUGCACAGUGCUUUUACACAAUGUUACCUAUGCAUAGUAUACCGUUAAGUUACAACUUGGCACUUAACUUUGUUAGAAGUAUUGUUCACUUAAAAGAGUGCUGAUUGUCCUAUUUUUGCUUGAGUGCAGUGUUUUUGUAUGUCACGCCACUGAAAUUGACACUAGACCAUGCCCAGUGACUUAGCCUGAGUAUCAGGCGUUUCUGGGGAAAAGGGGAAAGAUGGAAGCGAAAAAGGGAGAGAGCUGAGCUUUCUUUCUCUUCUCCCCCUCCCCCCUCCCCCAUCUAAAAUCUCCUCUCCCCUAGCCCCUUAGGAAGGCCCGAUACUCCGGCUACCAGUGACUAUUUUUAGUGAUCUUGUAUUAAGAAGCCAGUUCCUCAAAUUAGUCCCGAGGGUGGCCAUCAUAUACAGGUUCAACUGUAAUGAAUCUAUUCUCAAAGACAUCUGUGUCCAGAGGGUGAAUCUGUAGUUGAGUUGCACCAUUAGCAGUAGAAUCAAGGGCAUGUACUACCAUCUUUGUGUCAGCUUCAUCUUGGUUUUCUGUGAAUGUCCUUCGUCCUUGUGUGUUACUUUACACACACUUUCCCAUGCCACCACCAGUUGCCUUCCACUAUGAUGAGCAUAUUCUUUUAUCCUUUGGCCCAAAUAGAUGGUGAGCUUCGUUUUGGUCUUUGUGUGUGACAGGAGUUGAAUUUUUUUCAGGCUUCUUUACGCAAUUGCAUAAAUUGCAUUCACUGCGACGAUCAUUUCUUCAUUUUCAUUUCAUUUCCGCAGUUCAUAUAUGAUUUAUUUCAUAGUUUAUUAACAGGAGUCAUUUCAUUGGAACUUUGGCAAUGUGAGUUGUCAGUGAUGUGAUAACACAGGAGCUUGGCCUCCUUGUUUAACUCUGGUGGUCGCUUUGAGUGAAUCAAAGGACUCUAUGAGCCAACUCGUGAAUCAGUUUAAGGUUUUUUGUUAAUCUGUUUAAUAAGUAACAUUUUACAAGAUGUUUGUGUUGAGGGGGGGGGGGCAGUCUCCAGUCAGUUAAGGGUAGCUGAGUCUUGAAGGUUUUAAGAAAACAUUUUCAUGGUGGUAUAACUUAUAUAUAAACUGCUCAGUAAGUUUUGACUCAGCUACUAUAGUCAGAGAGUUUGCCACCUGAAUCUAUACAUUGUAGAUUGUUUUGUGACCCAAUUUUAAGGUUAUAUACGGACAUUUAAGAUUUAGGAGUAAUGAAAGUCAGAUUUUAGUGCCUUCUGUUUUUAGACUGGAAAAAUAUUGUAACGCUUACUGCUGGGUACCCGAGCUUGCCCUGUCUGGCAACAGGUGCAACGUUAACUUCACAUACUCCACAGUAAUAUGAAAACAGCAAUAAUUAUUUGAUGUGAAGUGAAAAUUUUCAAUGAUAUCUACGCACUUAUGCAGUAAUUUCAAGGAAUCAUUCACAAUAAUUGAAGGCCAUACAAGGCGGCUUAAAUAGAGACUUUGUGAAACUAUGAUAGAUGCCAAGGAAACAUCAAUGAAAACUUCCACUACAAAAAAUAAAUCCAAAUUUCUAAAACUACUUCAAAAUCAAAUUGCCUUGUUCAAUUUGUAUACUAAUAUUUUCCACUGGAAAUGACCUGCUGCAAUUUAGAUGCGUGAUGGUUAUGUUCAAAACUACCCAUAACACUAUUAUGCACAGCCGCGGAAUCAGGGGCAUGACCACUCUUUGGCUAUCUUUGGUUAUUUUAGGUAAUCUAGAGAUACCAGGUAGAGAGAAGUCAUAUUUCUUUUUGAAAAUUAAGCUUUUCAAGGAAAAAUUUCUUGAAUGCAACUUCAAGUAGCAAAGUUGAUGUUGGUGAUGUAUCAGUGUCAGAGGGAAGCUCGACAGCUGCUGAACAGCUCAAAACAAAAGAGAAACAAUUAAUAGAAGAUGUCUCUGGAAAAUUCAGAUAUGAUCGCUUUGGAUAUCUUUGUAUGGUCUAUUUAUAUGUUACUGUUUUCUAAUAAUUUGUCAUUUUCAAAUGCAUAACAAAGUUUGACAAGGUUUUUCUGGACUAACAGGUUUUAAUCGGAAAAUUUUAGUAACAUGCGCAUGGCUGAGCAUGUAAUGUGACAAAACCAAAAUGUGACCAGUCACCGCUCGAAAUAUACAAGGCUCAUUUGCAUACAGUAAAAGUUUACACCAAUCAACCAACCAACCGACCGACCAACUUUGAGUGCUCCCUAUAACCUUGUGAGUAAAUCAUAUCUGUCAAAAAUUAAUCCCACUUCAUUACUUCCAGUGUACCUCUGCAUAACAAAGUUGCUGAAGUGGUCAGCUAACUGUGCACAAUUUCUGAUCCACUCGGGCUUGUCAAAGGAGUGGACUUUUGCCAUCCCAUCUACAAUAACAACUUUCACUUGAUCUUUGUUUGGACCAGCUACUCUCCUGUUGUUUCUGUUGUUGUUCACCUUCUCUAGAAUGCUCAUUAGAUUACUCUUGGAUGAAGAAUGAGCGCCAUCAGCAGCGAACAAUGAUCUAUCUAAAAUUCAGCUGACUAUCGAAAAUGACUAUCGAAAAUUCGUAUUGGCCUACAUUCUCCUUGAUAUCGAUUUAUGGCCUGCUCUUGCACACCAUCAUUAUACGUGCAAAAAGGGACCUAUCCUCUUGAAGCUCCACAAUCUUGUCUGCUGCAGUCACCUUCACGACCUUUGCACUGGUUUUCCAUGUUAAGAGUUUCCUCCUCUUCAUCAGGGGCACCCAACGAGAAUAUAGUUCAAAAACCUUUUAAACAUAGAAUUGAGAAAAACGUAUUUUAUUAUUUAAACGGUAGAUAUAGGCAUAUUUUUAUCCCCUAAAAAUGUUUCAUCUUUUCGGAUUUCCUAGCUGAAAGUCAAGUGAUCCGAAAAUUAUAGGGAUCAAAACUCACCUUUUCGAAAAUUUCAGCCAGAAAAAAGGCUCCCGAAAAUUCUAGGUGACCUUUUUAGGGUAAAAAUCCGUUAAAAAUAGGCAAUUAUACCAUUUUUUCGAUGUUCGAAAAUCCUAGGAGCGGCAGGCAAGCAAGAAAUUGUACAAGAAAUGUUCCGAAAAUUCUAGAUCUCAAAUCGUCUUCCGAACAGAUAUUUUUCCGAAAACUGUCGUUGGGUGCCCCUGCUUCGAUUCAUGGGUGACCAAAGGUUAACUUUGCCAGACUGGACUCGUUCUUUCAGAAAACAGUCGAACAGUCUCCGGCCAAUUUCUCUUUGUUUAUCUUUCUUUACUGUUUCUGGCAUAACAGCCUUGUUUACAAGGUUGAACAGGUCAGUAUGUGCGUCAGAGAAUGGAUUCAUGAACCUUUCAAUAGUGGCUGUUAACUGUGCUACACCUUUCUCUUUGUGUGCCAAGACAGCCGUUGUGAGGUUGUGAUGAUGACAUUGAGUCUUGGAAGACACCCUGCCGCCCCACCCCCUUCCUUAUUUUCUUUGCUUGUUCAGCUAGCCUUCGAGCUCUGGAGCUAUCAGAAAAGAAUUUUGUCAUAGCAGUUUUAUUUAGGGUGAUGCCAACCAAUCCCCCAGAGACUUUCAUGGAGCAGUCCUUAUGUUUGAGUGCAUUGUCGGCUCCUGCUGGGCAGAACAGUACUUGAGCAUUCUUGUUCACUAACCAAUUUCCUAGGAUGAGCUCUUCAUGGAUUUCUGGAUCUCCUUCAUUUAGGGAUGACAUCUCAGCAAGGUACACACGUACAUAAAUCAUAAGUGCAUAGUUUAUUCUGUCAUGGACGAAGAAGUACUUGGUGAACAUCUCUAGAGCUAUCAGAUGCAGUGACCAGUCUCGGAUCCGGACAGCUCUGAUGAAUGCUACCAUUUCUAUCACCAUAUACAUGUAGUGGCACAUCACUUUGAACAUUGGCUUUUUGGUGUUUGCAUGCAGCUUCAAAUGUUGACAUCAUCUCAAGAAUAUUGAGAUAAAUAUCUAUAGCACUAACCAUUUGUUUUCCUCACUCGGGUUCCUGUGCCACCUUUCCAAGCAUCGUAAAAUUCUUGUGCCAAACUCUGAAGAGUCUUAUGUAACUCCUGAUGUUUCUUAAGAAAGGCCUCCUGGUACAAAGUGAACAAGGCCUGUAUGGUUGUGAUAUGCACGUUCUCACAUCUCUUCACAUGAUUGCCUUCAAGGAUUUGCCUUUUUAUUGAGCCUGCCCAGGCUCUGCCCCAAGAUCCGACCCCUUACCCUUUUAUAUACCAUUUGUGGCAGAAAAGAUACCCCUGGCCUUUCAUAUACAGUAGAAGCUGUUGUAAGCAGACACCUUCAGGACUUGAAAAAGGUGUCUGUUACUGGAGCUGGCCGCUUAAAAGAAUGGUUCUCUAAGAGCUUGCCUGACUGUAAAUAAAGUCAUUGGAAAUGCAAUCGAAAACCUGUUUGCUAGUGUUUAGCUGUAGUUGUUCUGACAAUGUUGCAUAUGUAAUACAGUCACAAGCCUAAAAUUCAAGUAGUGUUUUGAACGGAAAUCAGACGUGUUUGACUUGUGAAAAAAACAAACAAACAAAAAAAAACAAAAUGAAAGCAAACCAAAACAAACACUGAAACUGAUAUAUAUUCAUGGCUGCAAACAGUGAUAUGAAGUUCGUACAUAAUUAAAAUACAAGAUUCAGAGGCAAAUGAGAUUUCAUUUCACAUGUCCACUUACACCUAUGGGAGUUGUUAUGGGACAGGGUUUUGUAAAGGUGGCCAUUAAGGUAGAGCUGUCGGCUUAUGAGAGCAUAAGUUAACAAUAAAAACUUUCACCGUACCUUGUAUUGAUAAAUGGCACCCCUUUCACAUACUUAGUUAAGAACUUUGCAUCCCUUUUAAAUGCUGAAAAUGUAAAUCACAAAACCACAACAUUUUUUUCUCGACUUUUUCACAGCCGUAAAAUGCGUCUGUUAGCCCUUUAGGGCCUUGUUAUGGACCAAAAUGACAAUUUUUUACCCUUUCAUACACUUAAACCUGAAAAUUUACCCCUUUUGGUCAGAGCAUCCCAUAAUAUAGGCCAAUGUUGAAGGUACCCGCCUGUGAUCCACUCACAAAUAUAAACACAUUCAUGUGGCAUCCUACUCUCUGGGAGUAUUACAAACAUCUCCAGUGUCCAUUUGACUCCUCAUAUUGACUUUCUCUAUGAACACCUAUCUUAAUUAACGGACAUGAGAGUAUUCGCUGAAGGUGUCACCUUAUAUAAGCUUAUAUAGGUUUCAGUGUAUUCUAAAAGAAAGACACCCUCGAAAGCCUCAUUUUACCUUUUUCCACCAGAAGAGUUAACACAGUUAUUUUAAUUGAAAUAGGUGAAGCCACCAUUUUAACCCCCCUGAUUGUAAAAAUAAUGAUAGAUUUCCACCAUUAUUUUGAUAACUUGCUUCUGCCACUACGACAUUUUAGUACAUGUAAUGACAACAGCUUUCACAUUUUCCUGCCAAAAUGAUGCUGGUUCAAGUGCCAGCACCGAGUAGUACAAUGAGAAAAUCUGUCUCUAGUAGUCAUCUUCAUCUUCAAAUUUAAUUCCUGCAAUGAUGUAUUAUUUUGCUAGUGAAUUUUAGACUAUAACUUCUCUUGAAAAUUUUUGUCUUCUUAAAAAAAAGUUUGACACUUGAAUGGAUGAAAUUCUUAUGAUGCCAAUAUUUUAAUGUUUUGAGUUAAAAAAUACCAAAAAAUUUAACUUCUUAUAUUGUGUGAAUUCACCACUCUUUAUAAUGUACAUAUAUAUAAUGAAGUGAAUCAGUUAUUGGCAAUGAUUCAAGUAGUGAAUGAAAUAAUGAAUGCAUGACUGGCUCAACUUUAAACAUUAAAUCAAAUCAAGAUGUGAAAGUACUGUCUGUACAAGACCACAAGGUCUGCUCAAAUUUUGGAUUAAUAGUGUGAUACUUCAUGUAAGUUCAACAUAUUGAACUGGGAUUGAAGCCUAGAUCUACCACCUGUAGAAAGGUCAGAUGGAUGACCAUAUGACUGAUUGAGGAAUACACUGACAGCUCAGAUAACUAGACACACCGAAAGGAGAAUUCACUGGGCUGUUUACACUAGACGGGAAUAUAUGUAUUUUGUAUGAAGACGAGAAGUUUACUAAAACAGACAGUCAACUGUCCAUUGUUCCCAAUCCCUUAUUAUUGAUUGCACUGAGACUAGGACAAUCCUAAUUUGGGGUGUACAUUGUACAUGAAAACACACAAUUGUUUUCCCACAAGAUAAAAAUAUUCAGUUUCUUUAUUUUUCUGACUUGUUAUUUUUGUUCAACUUAAAGGAAUGAAGUCCUUUACAUUUUGUGACCUUUUUGUGAUUUCUCUCUGAUUUUGCAUGUUGAUUUCAUUAGCAUGCACUUUAAACAGUGUAAAUAGAUGAAAUGAUCGAUAACACCUUUUUUGUAGUAAUGCUAAUAUGAGUUGAAAAUUUGCUCGAGUUCGCUGUUUGUCUCACCGGUGACUAACUGUUUUUCAUGGCAGAAAGUAAUUAUCCUGCUUUAUAACUCCUUCGAAUUUUUGUGCCAGCCAAGCAAUAUCCAAAUCAAAACAUUAUUCACAAUCCUUGGGUAUUAAAGAGACUGAAUGUAACACAAUGCAAAUGCACUAUGUGGGCAAGGUACAAAAAUAUUACCAUUCGUGCAAGGGAAAAUCGUAUGAAAUAAUAUGUGAGAACAUCGUUUCUUCAGUCCCAGACCUCCUGUCUUCCUUCCUCCGGGUGUUAGUUUUUCUACACAGAUGACUGAAAACCGACUGGCCUGCCAUAGGCAACACAGCCCAGUAAUAACUCAACCUCAUGAAUAGGUUCAGAAUUAUUUCUGUAGUCCUCCAUACAAGCAAGUUUCAAAAUGGUAUUUUCUUGUAUUUUAAAGGAUGUUUUGCAUUCAAUGUUAAGUAGAAUGCAACACAUAAUCUUGCGAUGCCUUUGGCACUCAGGCAUCCAGUAGUACUCAAGGGUGACCUUUUCAGCAAGCACUUUUUAUCGUUUGUCUGCAUUUUCUGCACCAUGUUGAAUAAUUAAUCUCGCACUACUUACAUAUAUGUAAAUAGCAGUCGCACACCUUGUGGUGAGUACUUUUACAUAAAAUGCAAGGCAGUAUUUUUCGUUCCAGCAAGAGGAUGCAAUGUGUUAAAAGUUUGGCAAAUGAAUAUAAAUUUUGGAGUUGUUUUACCGCUGAGCUGACGAUUCUGUUACACCUUUCUUAAUGGUGAAUAUACCAGUCAAAUCGAGCUAAAAUUUCGCAGAAAGAGACAAGUAAACACCUGAAGUAACAUUUUUACUGUAAGGAAUUUGGUUGGCAUUUGAGUGUAUUUAGUUAUUUAUUUAUUUAUUUAUUUAUUUGUAGUUUCACUUUUCAAAUGCACGAAAACAUUCUGGAAAGAAGUACAUUUUGAAAAACAUUUUACCCGCGUAUCAGUGAUUAUUGCCCCCGCAGGGAUUUCGGUCAGAAGGCGAAAUCCCGACGAGGCACUCUAGUAACUUGUGUGUAUUUUAAGGAAAGUACUUACAGUUGAAAUAUACGGUCAGUAUGCCAGAGAAAAUCUUGAUUUGCUUGAACAGAGGCCGCAAGGAAUCGGCAGGUAAUGAUGACGUUUCUAUUGUUUGUGCCCGCAUGUACGAAAUAAUUAGGAUGACGUAAAGACAGAUUUUUUGACAUUUGAUUUCUUACGCUUACUUUCCGGGAAACAAAUAUUCCAUAGCUGAGAUAAAUACAGGAAACGCAAGGUUCCAUGCACAGUUGUAGUUCGAUUUACACAGCUUUGAUCAAAACAUUCUCAGUUUCCGAGAAUAGUUUAUUCUAAACCAUAAGAAAGAGUGCAUUAGAAGUUGAAUUCUUCGUCAUUUCUCUUUUACUUUUUACAUUCAGUUCUGAAAAUCUUCAUUAUGAAUUUGUAAAUUUCAAAGAGCUACACAACGAGCAAGAAUGCUAUUGACCGACAAUACACAGAGCGGGGGCAGCUGUAGUGUCAAUUAACUAUUACUAGUAGUAAUACAUGUCAUGUUUUAUCAACAUCUGAUAUAAUGUAUGCAGGAGUUUGUUAGCAAGGCCAUCUCACUUGCCGGGCAAGAAAAGAUUAAAACAUGAUGAACUGAUCAUAAACUAUACGGACUGAAAUUAUGAAGAUGAAGAAUUUUACAGAAUGGCAAAAGAUUUUUUCUGGUUCACUGACAUCGUUUUUUCGCAAAAACCUAACAUGAUUCUCUUGCUCCUAUCAAUGAUGAUUGUUUUUUCACUUCAAGCUGUUAUCUUUUGGCUAGAUUGCAGAAUACCCAGCAACCAAAUAUCUAACUUAAAAAACUACUUUCACAUUUCCCCAGUCAUAUGAUUUGCAUAUAAAUUCUGACAUCGACUGCGGGAGUGCGGGACUGAGAGAGCACUAGUUGCAUGCCCACUUAAUAUUCACUUUUCAGAGAUUGCAGGAGUGUGGGAAUGCAAGAGUACUUAUUUUACUCAUUUAGAUUUAAUAACAGAACACGACUGCCAGGUAUUCUGCAAGAGUUCCUAUCUUUUUAGCAAAAUAAAACUUUUUACGAUGUGCUUCACAUUUUUAUCAACCAUAUUUGGGGAAGAGUGAGACAUGUUAAAAUUUGAAGCUGGUCUUCCUGAAGAGCAAAGAAAGAAUGUUUACUCUGUAAAAAAAAAUUCAUGAUCUCUUCCCUAUUUUGAAAUGACUAAUGCUUGAUGGUAAAAAAGCUAACCUGCAGCUAAGAAAACUUGAACGCACACAUUAAUCUAAUGUUAUGAUUACCACCAGUUUAACUGUUUUAUGUUUUGAUGAUUUACAGGUCCUAGUUGUUGGUAAUCCUGCCAAUACUAACUGCAUGAUCACACAAAGGAGUGCACCAUCCAUCCCAGCAUCAAAUUUUUCAUGUUUGACAAGACUGGACAUGAACAGAGCUAAGUCUCAGGUAAGUGCAAGCACAGUUAUACCAUUUUGUGAUGACUCUGUUCUACUUCAAAAGAAAAUAAAAUGGAAGCUCUGGUUUUUUUUAUAACAUUCCAAAGUCAAUGUUGUCUUGCUGUGCGAAUUCUACAUGACCAACUGAAGUGUAUGACUUAGAAUGACUUCAAAAGUUUCUUGCAAUCCACUUGUAAUACUGUAGUGGUUCUUUCUUUAGCAAGUACACAACCAGUCCCACAUCAAAUUGUAACCACCAGAUUGUAAACUCCAUGUUCAAGUUCAGAAGACAGUACUUGUAUUGAAACCAUUGUUGACAUUUACCAGGUAAAAUAGAUUAUCUUUUCUGUCACAUUGAAGAUUGCAUCAAAGGCUGGAACUAGUGUGGAAAAGGUGAAAAAUGUCAUCAUCUGGGGAAACCACUCAUCAACUCAGUACCCAGAUGUCAAUCAUGGUACAGUCGUUUUGCCUGAUGGGGAGUCAUCAAUCAGAGCGGCCUUAAAGGACGACAACUGGCUCAAUGGAGACUUUAUCAAGGUAAGAAAAAAAAAGCAUUUCUUUUACUGGCAUUUGUUUGUGAGGUGUUACUGUACUGACCUUUGCAUCAGUCAUGUAACUUAUUGUAUAAUAGUAUUAUACUUAUCGUUUAAUAUUAAAAGUCAAAAUUAAUUGCAUGUGUGCAGUACUCGUAUGGAUGAUUGGUGCUCGUUUUAUUACCUGCAAGGGAGGACUGGUCAUUUUACAGGGGGUCAUUUUCAAAAUCUUGAUUUGUUUCAGAGAGGAUAGCAUUACCUGGGGGUCAUUUAUUAAUAAAUUUCAUGAAAGUAGUACAAAGCAGUAAUGAGCUAGCGUGAAUUGAAAUUGAAUGUAAUAGCCGUGAAUAGUAAAUGCCGAUUUUAUAAACAUGAGUAAAGAUAAGGUAUGUGGUGACCUUUGGCAUACUUUGUAGCUAGAAUAAUCAUAGUUUGCACAGUAAUUAGGUGCGCGUCACAGGGCUUCAAGUGGCCUUAAGCAAAAAUAUAGGGCUUAAUAUAGGGGUAAUUUUUCAAAAAUAGAGGCCCAAUAUAGGGAAAAUGGUAAAAUAAUAGGGAAAAUAAAGGGAUUUUUUAAAGUGUAUUUUAUCCAGUGCCAGUUUUGCAACUCUGGAGAAGGCAAGGAACACAAUACAUUUUAGUCCAACAUUGUGAACACUAGUAGAGAAUAACAUCACUAACUUUGAGCACGCAAAAAAAUGUACCUACAUUAAUACACACAAUGACCCUAAAGAAGUACGGUGCAAAUGCUGUUAUUGUGUUUUGCAACUGUUAGAAUUCUUUCUAGGUGAAACAGUGAAAUUGGUAUGCCUAUACAACUUUAACCUCAUGUUUAAACCCCUUUUUAUUUUCUGGCCGGUAGCUCAUGCUGUGGAGUUUUUCUCACAUUGAGAGGGCAUAAAGCUAGUUUGUUUUAAAACCACUGAUUUCUGGUGGUUUUUGUUUCUGAAAGAAUGUGACCACUUUUGAAGCGUUAACCUUGAUACUGCAACUCAAUAACCUUUUGAUAAAGGUUUUAGUUUCUAUAGUUUGCUCCAAAAUGUUUGAAUGUAGAGUUGUUUUGUCCCUUUAAGCAAUGACUCCCUGCUAUGUUUUGUUGGGCUGGGACCAGAGUUUUAGAGAUGCCUGCAAGACGUAGAAUUCUCAUGAAGAGUGAUCUACAGAUCCAAACUUAACAGAAGGAAUUAUAGCUUAAACUCGAAGCUACACCAACAAACCAAGUAUGGAGAAUUGUACUUGACGACUGAUACCCUCCACUUUUUUGUGGAUAAGGCGAAUCUUUGGAGUGGAGCACAGUGUCUUUAUAUGUAAUUCCUUUUGCUUGCGAAUAUUCGGUUAAUCAAAAGUGCCACUUUCUGAUCAGGCAAGACCACGGUUCUGGUUCUCUACGUGAACCUUAUUAUUUGCAGCAUUGGUUUUGUCUUCCGUUGCAAUUAAAGGAGCAACAUUAGUCUUGAGAAUGGUACAGUCGUUCUGUCAGACUGAGCUUUAACCUUGCACAUUAUUAGAGAUACCUCAUCACAGAUUGGAAAUUCUUAUUUUCCUACUGGCUACUUUAAAAGCAACCAAUUAUUGAUCGAUCCCCUUCCACUUGCAGGGUUGUCACUAAGGGCCGGGGGCCGGGGAUUUCCCCCGGCUACUCCGAGCAUAACCCCCGGCUACUUUCGUCGUUAAAUUAAAACAAAAGAGGACACCCUUGAAACACACAAAGACUAUCCAUCAAACUAAAUGACGGUUUCAUCUGCAGCAGGCUUAAGUAAUUUUGAAAUACUCCGUGCAAAAACUAAGAAAUGUCGGGAAAAGACAUCUGACUUAGAUUUGGUACUAAAUACUAAACUCUCCGUUCGCAAAAAAACUAAGAACGUCGGCCGUCACUUUUGUCGAUGCUAAAAGUUCCUAGUUUCAACCGCACGCUUUUGUUCACGAUGAAGCACCUGAGCAGAUAUUUGUUGACAUCACAGAACAAGUUGAGGCUUCAUCCGAGCGUUAAAUCUCCCUGAUGUUGAUGAUGAUGAUAAUGAGGAUUAUGAUGAAGGCUUUGAAGAUGAAGACUAUGACUGAUUGCUAUGUUUAAUAAAUUGACAUUUAAGUGACCAGGUCUACAUUUAGCUUUAGGUAUCGAAUAUAUUAAAUAACGCACGGUCAAUGGGAAAUGUUCGAUCAUUGUCCGCAGGUCAUGAUUACAUCCUCUCAGUUCUACUUCCAAGAAGUUAUAUAUAAAAGGGAAGUUAAGCAUUCUUCUCCUUGAGUCUCGUUUUGACAUCUCAGCUUCGUUUAUAAAGUAUUAUAACAUAGCUAGAAAAUUCGCCUAAUCAAAUUCAAUAGCGCGAGCGUGCUUCAUAUUCCUAUUGAGCACGCUGAUGACGUCAAUAAACUAUUCGUAAUUCCUCGAGUGGUUGUGAGCUUAGCAAUCCUGAGUCUCCUGAGUGCAUCCAUAACUCAGCAAUAGACAAGGAAGCGUUUACGAUGUGUUUUAUAAGGAAAUUUAAGAGGAAACGUUUGAAUUUGUUAACCGAUAGUAAGGAAAAGAGGUGAGUGUUGUUGUUGUUGUUGUCCUCUCCGCGAGCUGUGCGGGCUAUGGCGUGAGUUCAUUCUUUGCAAACUUGUUUUCUCUCAAUAACAAUUUUUCGGUAAAUUAAUAUUUUUCCGGCACCUAAAUAUGGAUUUUAUAAUCAUUUUAGAGUACACUUUCUCUCAGUUUCAGGAUAAAAACAUAAGAUUAACUGUGAGGAAAAAAAUAUAUAGUCACGUAAACAUUGACGCAUACUGCUUUGAGCGCACCCUACAAUAAUAAAAUUAUAAGUUAACUGAUGCAUUGAUCGCUUUGAUGAUGUUAUAAAACAAUUAGUUCAUGCUUCAGCUGUGCGUAUGUCGAGUUAUUGAGCACUUGGGAAGUUUGGAGAGCACUCAAGAGGCUAGAGUUGCACUCGGCUGCGCCUCGUGCAACUCUUACGCCUCUUUCGUGCUCUCCAAACUUCCCGCGUGCUCAAUAUCUCGACAUACGCACGCUGACGCAUGAACUAAUUGUUAAUUAGCCCUGUUUUUAAAAACUUUUCCGUGGGUCAGUUUGUUCAUAUGUUCAGUGACGUCUCGUUCAUAAAUUCGAGACCACUAAUGUUACCAGUUGUGCAGUUUAGUUUUGCCAUGUUUUAUCCCGCGAUUUUCCGUACGUUACGCUUGUUUUAGCCUUAUUAGAUUACAUCAUACUUUUAUUUUUCAACAAACCAUAGUAACCUUAUGUUUAUGAUGCUUUUUCGUACAUUCAUCGUCCGCUUGUCUUCUUUCCGCUUCUCCGUUGGUUAAUUCAUUUGUAAUAUUACUUUUACCUUUGUUUGCCGUAAGUUAUUUCAUUCUUACGUGUAACUAAAUGAGGAUUUACAAGCGAUUUUACAGCGCAUGUUAAUUCAUUUGCACCAUAUAAGAAUCGAUUGUCCUUUCCACAUUUGUAACAUUAGUAAAGUAUCGUUGUGAUUUAACACUUCACUGGCCAGCAUGCGCCUUGUCUGCGCGAAGAAAAGACUGCGCCUACCUGUCAUUUUUUUCAGACCCGGUGCUUACAUGUAUAUUACCAUUUGGCGGCCAUUACAAAAACCUUCCAACGAGCCUUUACGUAAAGGAAAAAACUUAUUAUUUUAGUGUCUCAGAAUGUUGUAGUUCUCUUUAAUAAAGACGUGAUCCUCAUAACAACGCUAAUGGUAGCCGUACUCUUGAUGAAGAUUUCUUUUUUGGGGCGGUAAUGCCUUCUGGAAAACGGUAGAAGUUGCACUUCAAAAACUUCUUGGGGGCGGGGGUGUGGGGUGGGGAGGGGGCUCCAUGACUGCUUGCGACUUCCCCGGCUACUAACAACAAAUACCCGGCAACUUGAAAUCUUAAUGUCAACCCUGCAGUCACUUGUAAGCCGAGUGCACACAAAGUUGACGCAUAAAUACUCCUUCUAAGAUCUGAACAAUAUCUGAAUAAAGAAUCACUGCUCACAGCAGCAUCAAAUUAAGUACACUUACAUGCACUAAUAGUAAACUUAUUACCAGUUUGGCCUUGGAUGGUCCGAAAAAUUCACUGUCUUUGUCACAUUCCACCAACAGAAGUUCAUGAACUUCAGUCUAUUUUUAUUUUCUGAUGGAAUUAUAGGGAUUAUAGGGCAGUUACAAACUAAAUAAGUAAAUAUAGGGAAAGUUUAAAAAUAUAGGAAAUAUAGGGACACUUGAAGCCCUGGGGUCACUUUCACAACUGUAUGUUAACUUUAUGUGGGGGUUUAUUAUAAAAAGCUAGGAUGAUGUGGGGGGUCGAUUUGAAAAUGCUCUAAGCUUUCUCAAAAUGGCAGGCCCCCCCUUUACAGGUAAAAUACAUGACCAGGCCCUUGGUUAACCAAAAGUCCUUUUGUAGGUGUUAAGGACUUGAGUUUUCUUAUUCUAAGCAUUUUAUAAUCGUCUUUGUUAAUGCUACUAUUUUGAUGAAUUUUGUAGACUGUCCAGAAGCGGGGUGCUGCUAUCAUUGCUGCCCGUAAGUUGUCCAGUGCCAUGUCAGCUGCGAAAGCCAUUUGUGAUCACAUGAGAGACUGGUGGUUUGGAACUGAGGCAAGGAAAUUAAUAUGCCUGUACACAUUACUGGGAAUUUUUUUUGUUAGCUACCCAAAAAAGAAACAUCUUUAGUGGAUAACAAACAAAACCAGAAUUAAGAGACAUCUUCUGCAAAUGUAUGCAGUGCAUCAAAGACACAAUUACACAGAAUACUGAAAACUAUAUUAUCACAAAAGCAUUUAGCAAUUUCCAAACUACUUCCAACUGCUCACAUGCUUUCUUUGAACCAAUCGGGGAAUAAUGUGACAGGCAAGACAAGAGGGAAAUUUUUAUUGAUAUAAUGAUAGGAAGGUUGAAAAACUCUCAUUUGUAGGUUAAACUCUCCUUUUACCUGUCCUUGUAGCAAGAAAUUCAACAAAGCUUGUGUUGAUUUAGCAGUGCUGCUAUUUUAUUUUGUUUCACAUGGUCAGUAAAAACAAUUGUGUCUGAGAACCAAUAUUACUGUCUGUGUGGGCCAUUUUGCUUGUGUUUUCAAAUGUCUUAUUCCCCUACUUUUGUUUCCGUAGAAACUUCCUUAUAAUAAAUAAUACUGAACAAUAACUCUAGUUUGCACUUGAUUUUGCUUUCCUCAUUGACCAAUUGGAAACUUCAUAUUAUUUUUGUUGAGUAUAUUAAUUUUAUUAACUAAUGGUACAAAAUAAUAGAACUUGCAUUGAAAUAAAAACCAUUGAUUCUUGCAAAAAGGCUAAGUAAUGGUUCUUUAAUAGAUCAGGAAGUGGUUCUUACAUACAGUGUAUGCGGUACCUAUUUGGCCAUGUUUUAGCGUGGUUCUUCAUCUGCAGUAUCUAAUAAUUAUACAGUUUCUUACUGUAUUCAUUCUGACCUUACAUGUACUUCCCAUGAUAUUGGUUACAAGCAAAAGCUUUGCUUUGGUCCAAAGUGUAAGAAGACCAAAACAUCUCCCUUUAGCAGCAUUCUACAGUAGUGCUAUUCCACAGGUAGGGCAAACUAUAACACCAGUUGAGGGUUGAAGAUGAUGUCAUAAUUUUAUUGGUGUUCCAAUUUUGUUAGGGUGAAUUUGUGUCCAUGGGUGUGGUCUCAGAUGGUUCAUAUGGCAUUCCUGAAGGAAUUGUGUACUCUUACCCAGUGACGAUUAAAGAUCAGAAAUGGGAGAUAGUUCAGGGGCUGACCAUUGAUGACUUCUCACGUGAAAAGAUGGAUGCCACAGCUAAAGAACUCUUGGAGGAGAAGGAAAGCUGUGACUCUUUUAUGCAGGAAUGA